AUGGAAUCGCAAAACUUAAACGUCGAGAAAGCUCCUGUUAACGCAGAAACCGCCAAAGCCAGCAGUGCUCAAAGCCCUGCGUUUCAGUCGUACUUGAACAACGACGGAAUCGAUAGCUUAACGCCGGCCCCGCGCAAGAAAAGGGUCUCCUCUUUGUCUUUGUCAGAUCAAUGGGCCGGCUCGGUGAGGUCGCCGUCGCUCGUUGCCAUGUCCAAGCUGAAUAACGGCAACAGCAACGUCAACCUUAAGAAAUCGGGCUCCAAGGGAAGUUUGGGCAAGUCCCAUUCGCGUCUCUCGAUGUCGUCUCUUAAUUCGCAGCAAGCCGUGCGAUACAAGACCCACAUCGUGGACCAUUUCCGUGUUGCAUCGUACGCGUUCGCUUUUGAUAUUGACGGUGUCAUUGUCAAGGGACCGGAAACCAUCCCGUACGCUAAACAGGCCCUGAAAAUGUUGAACGGCGAAAACAAGUACAACAUCAGAGUGCCGUACAUUUUCGUCACCAACGGUGGUGGAAGACCCGAAAGCGAGCGUGCUAAGGAACUCAGUUCCCGUCUGGAAUGCGAGAUUACCGAAGACCAGGUGAUACAGGGCCAUACGCCGAUGAAGGACUUGGUUGCUAUCUACGAUAACGUGCUUGUUAUCGGCGGUGUUGGCGACAAGUGCCGGAAAGUUGCCGAGGGAUACGGGUUCAAGAACGUGUUCAUUCCACUGGACGUGAUGUACUGGAAUCCAAGCGUUACGCCGUACUACACACUCACCGAGGAGGACAAGGAGUUUUGCAAGAAAGAUGUGGACUUUUCAAAGACCAAGAUCGAAGCCAUUUUGGUGUUCGCCGACUCCAGAAACUGGGCUGCCGACCAGCAGAUCAUCCUGGAGCUGCUCAUGUCCAAGAAAGGUGUGAUGGGCACUGUCAGCGAGACGUUUGACGAAGGCCCAGCCAUCUACUUUGCUCACUCGGACUUCAUCUGGGCCACCAACUACAAGCUUUCGCGGUAUGGAAUGGGAGCAUUACAGGUUUCGAUCGCUGCUCUUUACAGAGAACAUACCGGAAAAGAGCUCAAGGUGACGAGAUUCGGAAAACCUCAACGUGGUACUUUCAAGUACGCAGAGAAAGUUCUUAUGAACUGGCGUCAAGACGUGUUAGAAGAGCACGUUGAAGAACUCACCUCUGCAGCAACCUCUGAUGUUUCUGCCGAAGAAGAAGACGAGGAAGAAGAACAAAUUCUCUCGUUCAAGCCGUCCUCCAAGAAGCCUGAGAAACCAACUCAGCCAAAGAAGGGUGUUUUCAACGAGACAGAUUCAGAGGACUCGGACGACGAAGACGAAGGAUUGACCAUCCAAAAGCUGUCGCAGCUGACUUUGGACUUGCCUCCAGCCUCGACUGUGUACUUUGUUGGUGAUACUCCAGAGUCGGACAUCCGGUUUGCCAACUCGCACGACGAAUCUUGGCACUCUAUCUUGGUGAAAACUGGUGUUUACCAAGAGGGUACUGUGCCGAAAUAUCAACCAAAGCAUACUUGCGACAACGUUCUGGAAGCUGUGAAGUACGCUAUCGAGAGAGAGCACCAGCUUGAGCUCGAGGAGUGGAAUGCUUCUGCCUUGGACAACCCAGACGCAGACAAGGCGCAGCCUACCGAGGAGGCUGUGGUCGUUGAGAGGGAGAAGGAAAUUGUUGACAAGAAAUAG